AUUCUCUGAGCAAAAUCAAGAUCAUUGUCUGAAUGAGAACUCCCAACUUCAAUGUUUUUUUUCAGUUGCCAUACUACACGAUCUCCGCAUCGCGCAAUGACGGCACCGUAUGACCUGCUCACCACAAAACGUCUGCACCGUGUAAAUUCCACACUGUUUGACCCUGACCCCGCGUGCCGUCGACAGUGCCGGGGGCAGGGCCAGAAGACGUCCAGGCGAACGUUACCUCCUCCACCACCGUUGUCGUGAGCUGGGGGGACAUCCUGCCGCUGCAGCGCAACGGCAUCAUCGAGGGCUACAAGGUGUAUUAUGGCUUCAAGGACACUGAGUUCAAGUAUAAGAUGAUUGAGGGAAACCAGACCCACACUACGACCCUGACGGAGCUGAGGAAGUUCACCAAGUACAGCGUGCAGGUGCUGGGUCGCACCCGCCUGGGCGACGGUGCUCUCAGCGUACCGCCCGUCACCGUGCGCACCUUCGACGACGUUCCCGGCGUGCCGUCCAACGUGAGCUUCCCGGACGUCAGUUACACGUUUGCCCGCGUCAUCUGGGACCUGCCGGCCGAGCCCAACGGAGUGCUGCUGGCCUACAAGGUUACCUACCACCCGGCCGACAGCACCAACAUCAACAUCACCCACGAGCUCGCUCCAGAGGACCGCACCUACAAGGCGACGGGUCUCCAGCCGGAGCAGUCCUAUAUGUUCCUCAUCUCGGCGCGCACCCGGCUCGGCUGGGGCCAGGUGGCGCGCGCACUCGUCUACACCACCAGCAACCGGGAGGCGCCGCAGCCGCCGUCGGCCCCGCAGGUGUCGCAGAGCCAGGUGCUCAGCGACCGGAUCACCUUCUCCUGGACCCCCGGCCGCGACGGCUUCGCCCCGCUCAGGUACUACACGGUGCAGACGGAGGAGGAGGGGGGCAGCUGGCAGACGCACCCGCUGCGGGUGGACCCGAUGGUGACUGCCUACACCGUCCUCAACCUGAAGCCGUUCACCACCUACCGGUUUCGGAUCCAAGCGACCAAUGACAAGGGUCCGAGCGGCUGGAGCGACCCCAGCGACUCCGUCAAAACACACCCGGCCGCGCCGCGCGCGGCGGUGACCGACGUCAAGGUCAUCCCGAUCACCACGACAUCUGUGCGCGUGGAGUGGCGGCCGGUGGCGCCCAGCGCGUGGAGCGGUGACGCCGUCACCGGCGGGUACCGGGUGGAGUACCGUCCCCUCACUGACUUCCCGUCACCGAUGCUCGGCGCCCUGGAGAGCAGCGUCAUGGAUGUGCAGGUAUCGUGA